UACGGCACCGGACUGGACGGCUUAUACUUGCCCGGCACGAGCCUCCCCUCCCCUCCCCUCCCAUCCCACGUAUACUUGAACCUCGCCCAUACCUUCCUUCUCACGUAGUCUCGCUUACGGGAGCUGGCGCCGGUUGCACCAUGACCGGCGACGAGCACGCCGGCAAGGCGCGUCCAGCCCGCGGGAUUCGUUCCUUUCGAACCUGCAGAAUUCUAUGGAUCUUCGUAGAAAUAUCACUGGGAAUACUGGUGAUCUUCAAGAACCUGUGGAUUCGGUUACGGUUGGCAGAAGCACAGCCCACGCUGACGCUUCCCUCCGCUGGCACCGCCGGCAAGACGACCAUGACGGCCGCGCGAGUAGCCGACAUAUUCGCCAUGAUCGACGUCCACGCCGCCGCGGGGACAAUGAGCGGCAAGCUGGUCGAGGCAAUAUGCGCCAUGAUCAACGAUGCCUGCCACGACGACGCAAAGGACUUGCAUGGCCAGAAAGGGAGAAGGCGGCGCGAGCGCGACGCCGGCAUCGGCAGCACCCGCUGCUACAAGCAGAUGCGCAGGCUCGGCAAGGGCUCCAGCGGCCGCGUCGUCAUGGCGCAGCACCGCGACACCGGCCAGACGGUCGCCCUCAAGACCAUCCACGCGCGCGGCGGCGCGAGGCGCCCCAACGUCGGCGACCUGCUCAAGGAGGCCUGCGUCCUGACGGCGUGCCGCGGGCACCCCAACCUCGUCGGCCUCCACGCCAUCGUGCGCGACCCAGGCACCAGGCAGUACUGCCUCGUCAUGGACUACGUCGGGCCCAGCCUGUUCCAUGCUCUGGACAGGCACGUGGAAGAGCACGGCCGCGCGUUCCCUGAGGCCGACGUGCGCCGGGUCAUGCGGCAGCUGCUCACGGGCGCCGCGGCGAUGCACGAGCGCGGCAUCAUUCACAGGGACAUUAAGACUGCGAACAUCCUCAUCGGAGAAGACGGCGGCGUCGUCAAAUUCUGCGACUACGGGCUGGCAAUGCCCACGGCCAAGGCAGAGCCGCCGUACGGGCUGGCCGGGACGAUCCCCUACAUGGCGCCCGAGAUGCUGCUGGAGAAGCCGGAGUACGACGCGGCCGUCGACCUGUGGUCGCUCGGGUGCGUCAUGGCAGAGAUGCUCUCCGGCGAGGAGUUGUUCAGCGGGGAAAAGACGACGGGCCAGGUCGGCAAGAUACUCGAUGUACUCGGUGCGCCGGGCAAGAAAACGUGGCAGCACUUGGAGUCCGCGCUCCGAGCUGACGAGGUGCGGCAAUGGCGGGCACGGCAGCGAGAAGUGCGGCGCCAUGACCGGCUGCGGGAGCUGUUCCCGGAGGAAUUGCUGUCGUGGCACGGAUUCCAUGUCUUGAAGGGCCUCCUUACCUGCAACCCCAGCAAGAGGCUGACAGCGGCCGCCGCGCUGCGGUGUCCCUGGUUCAAGGUCGACGGCCCUGGGACUGAUGAUGCUUCCGGUCACGGGUUCGGCGGCACGGCAUUAGCCAGGCACACUGCAUAGAGAGGAGCAGCAAUAGUUAGAUGAAUUCGCCACACCGGAAAAACAACUAAACAGACGAAAAACCGCUAAGGAAUGAAUAAGAAUGUAUAGCUUGUAAUGUACAGAUAUCAUAAUUCUACUGGAGUGGAUUGUACAGUACAGUCCAGGCGAUUACUUCAAUUAAAGUGUCAAAACGAGUCACUUGCAUGUGAAAAACGCAAAAGUAAAUAACACAGUCACUUACAUAUGAAAUUUUUUGUUCAAAGAGAUAAUCUAAUUCUUCUAACUUGGAAUGAGUGGGUAUGCUGCAGACAGGGUAAUUUUCCUUGACAGUGUACAUGACAGAGGAAGUGCGCAAAGCUGCAGAACCAGGUGUGGUAUUUCAUAAGAUAACAAAAGCAACAUUGUCACAUAUGGAUUUGCUUACCAUCGAGGGCAGUGGUGACAGCAUGGUCUGUUGCCUCCAUCAGUUCUAAUCCAGG